GUUUAGUUGGAGAGGACGGUCCUUCAGCCCCUCGGAGAACGAUGCCACAAUGAGCAGCUUCUUAGACUACUCGGUGAUGAGCGGAGAAGGUGGCUCAUGCUCCAUCAGGGCUUUCCACUCGGACCACGGGAUUACAGCUUUCCAGUCCUGCGGGGCUGCUGUCAACAGCUGUGGGGCGGAUGAGCACUUCGUGGCAAACAGGACUUCUCCUGACAGCCUCCACCAUCAGCCGACGUCUUACCAGUCUUCUGCAAACACGUUGGGUCUCUCCUACGGAGCCCACCCAGCCUGUAGCUCCAGCUAUGGGCCCCAAAGUUUUUGUGCAACAUAUAACCACUACACGCUGAACCAGGAAGUGGACUCUGGAGCUGCGUUUCCCCAGUGCGGUCCAUUGAUGUUUUCGGGUAACUUACCCUCCUCCAUGGUUCCUCAGCACCGCCACGGUUACAGUGCCACCCCACUGGGCCAGCUGCAGUAUAGCCACGCUGCCUACGGAGGCGGACUCGAACAAGCACCCCCUUACCCUGGUGGCUCAAACCCUAUGUCACCUCUGCACGCAGCUCACCUGGAGGCUUGUUGUUCACCUCUGUCGGAGGGCGCCUCCUCUGCGCAGACUUUCGACUGGAUGAAGGUCAAGAGGAAUCCACCGAAAACAGGACGAUCCGGGGAAUACGGUUACGCAGGUCAGCCGAACACUGUCCGGACCAACUUCACCACCAAGCAGCUUACAGAACUGGAAAAGGAGUUUCACUUCAACAAGUAUCUGACGCGGGCGCGCCGCGUAGAGAUCGCGGCCGCGCUGCAGCUGAAUGAGACUCAGGUAAAAAUCUGGUUCCAGAACCGGAGGAUGAAGCAGAAAAAGCGUGAGAAGGAGGGGCUGCUGCCGGCCAAAGCUCCCCCCGCAGAACGGGAGGAAAUCAUCCCGGAGAAAAUGGACGAUGCAGCAUCUGAGAGGUCGACCUCGUCUUCCCCCUCUACUCCCUCCCCCUCAUCCUCCACCGUGUCUUCGACGGGCACUGACACUUACGCCUCCAACUGAGGACCAACUCUUUACCUCUUUAGGCCACGUGAGCCUGACCACCAAAGUUAAAGAUUGUUGCGAAUGAUAUUCGCGUGUACAUUUAUAGACU